UUCCCUUUAAAUUUUCGACCCCUGAGGAGUUUCCAUAGCAACAUGCCCUUCCCGCGUCCGGUCCCCACGCGGGGCUGCGGAGUUCCAGCCUCCCGGCUCCGGCUCUCCAGGAUCCUGGUGUCCUCGGGCUCUCAUUGGCCACCGCCAGCCGAGCCCCUGGUAACCCUGGGAACAGCGCCCGCCCACAGAUCGCCGGGCUACGAUUGGCCUAGGCCCCAAAGGCCGAACGCGAACUCUUCAGGCCAUUGGCCCGAGUCUCGGCGAAGCUGGCGCCGCGGUUGGUGAGCCUAGAGGUCAGUCAGAGUCAGAGCCAGGGUCAAAUAGGGAGAAAUGGCGACGGAGCCAGGCCGUGGGUGAGUGAUUUCUGAAGGGGUGGAGGUGUGAGGCAACUGAUGACCGCGGUCAGCCAUGACACAGCUCCCAAAGGGGUGGGAGGUUGACUUCUCUUCUGGCUCCGGCCGGACUCGGGACGAGAGCGUCCGACCUCUACAUCCUCCCACCCGGGUGAGAGGUCACAGGCUGCGCCCCCUCUCUGGUGUUUGGACCUCAGGCCCAUCUUUGGAACAAGAUCGGGGAACUACAUUCCAGCCUCAAGCUUCAUCUUAGUUGGAGCUUGAGAUCCUGAAAGUCUCUUGGACAGCAGCCUUGCAGAGAAAAUAUUUUGACUGUGGCAUCUAGACAUCUCCCAUCUCCCCCAUGGCCCUGACAAUGCUGAAUGAGCUCUUGAUUGAGGACCCAAACCCACCUAUGCUGCUGUAUCAGGUUAGCAAGACUGCUCAGUUAGAUACCCUCAACUACCAGAGCUGCUUUAUGCAAGGUGUCUUUGCCCAUUUCCCUGAGAUCUUAUUUAUCCACCGGACCUAUAACCCAAUGGGCAAGGUGCUAUAUACCUUCCUGGUAGAUGGACCUCGGGUGCAGCUGGAGGGUCAUCUCGCCCGGGCAGUCUACUUUGCCAUUCCUGCCAAAGAGGAUGCUGAGGGCCUGGCCCAGAUGUUCCAGGUGUUCAAGAAGUUUAACCCAGCAUGGGAGAGAGUCUGUACCAUCCUGGUGGAUCCUCACUUCCUCCCCUUGCCCACCCUUGCUAUGGAGUUUCCCGCAGCCGAGGUCCUGCUCUCAGCCUUCCACAUCUGUAAGUUCCUCCAGGGCAAGUUCUAUCAGCUGUCACUUGGACAGCCUGUGGAAAGGGUGCUCCUUACUUCCCUGCAGAGCACGAUGUGCUCAGCCACAGCUGGCAACCUAAGGAAGUUGUAUACACUCCUGAGCAACUGCAUCCCUCCUACCCAGCUGCCCGAGCUCCACUCACACUGGCUGCUCAACGACCGCAUCUGGCUGGCCCACCGCUGGAGAAGCCGAGCUGAGAGCAGCCGGUACUUCCAAGGCCUGGAGGUCACCACCCGCGUCCUCAGCCAAUUCUUCGGCACUACCCCAUGUGUGGAACAAGGCAUGGUCUCUCUGCUCCGAUACAUGCACCAGAACUCUGGAGACAAGGCAAGUUUUAGCCUGGGCCUGAGUCCCCAGAACAAUCAUGCCACCUUAGACGUCAGCCCCGAAAGCCCCAAAGUGGAGCAGCUAGUAGAAACCCGCAUCCAGCACUCCCUCAAUGCCAUCUGCACGGGGCCAGCUGCCCAGCUCUGUCUGGGUGAACUCGCUGUGGUCCAAAAAUCUGUGCACCUCAUUGGCUCCGGUUCAGAAAAGGUGAACAUCCAGAUCCUGGAGGACACCCAUAGGGUACGGCCCCAGCCCCCUGCCAGCUGCAGCUGCUACUUUCACCAGGCCUUCCACCUGCCCUGCCGCCACAUCCUAGCCAUUCUCAGUGCCCACCACCAGGUGCUCCAGCCCGACAUGCUCCCAGCACAGUGGACAGCAGGCUGUGCUGCCAGUCUAAACAACAUCCUGGGCAGCAAGUGGAGUGAGACGCUGGAUAAGCACUUGGCCGUGGCUCUCCUCACUGAGGAGGUGGGUCAGCUCUUGCAGCACUGCAGCCAGGAGGAGUUUGAACGGAGGUACAGCACCCUGCGGGAACUGGCGGACAGCUGGAUCGGCCCUUAUGAGCAGGUUCAGCUCUGAUUACCCUAAAUGCCCAGAGAUGUUCAUACACAUGUACACACUCACACCCACACACAACACACACACACAACACACACACACACACAACACACACACACACACAACACACACACACACAACACAAACACACACUAUCAUACUCCUGCGGGCCCUCUUCCCAGGAAAGGACAAGUGUCUUCUAUUCUACUAUAGCGUGCUACCUAAAAUGUGUCUAGUUCCCUAAGACAGGAGUCAGCAAACCUUUUUUAUAAAGGGCCUGGCAAUAAAUAUUUUAGACUUUGCUGA